UUCCGGGAGGUGUGCAAAGACUGCUGAACAACGACGAUGACGACUAUUACUGCCUCCGGUGGCUAAGAGCCCGAAACUUUGACAUCCAGCAAGCUAAGGAGAUGAUGAAAAAGUCCAUCGCAUGGAGGAAAGCCCACAACAUCGAUGAUUUGACAAAGGACGACUAUAAGCCACCAGAGUUCGUGCACAGAACUUUGAUCGGAGGCAUGUACGGCGUCCACAAACACGGUGGUCCUGUCUGGAUCUACCCCUUCGGCAACUUCCAGAUCAAACCGUUCCUUCGAGGCUGCACAAUCAAGGAGAUCCUCACGUACAUGGCAUGGCGUUGCGAGCAGGGUAUAAAGAAGAUGCAAGAACAGUCCAAAAAGUUGGGAAAGGUCGUGGAUACGCAGGUAGUGAUCUUCGACUUUGACAACUUCUCCAUGCUGCAAGCCCUCACAGCCGAAGCUGUGAGUGCGGUGUCCGCGUUUAUUCGAAUGUACGAGGCCAACUACCCAGAGCGGUUACACCAAGCCUUCGUCAUCAACGGUAA